AUGACGAUCCCAGAUGAGGUCGACAUCAUCGUGUGCGGAGGUGGUUCGUGUGGUUGUGUUGUGGCUGGACGACUCGCCAAUCUCGACCACAACCUCCAGGUCCUCUUGAUUGAGGCUGGAGAGAACAACCUCAACAAUCCAUGGGUUUUCCGUCCGGGUAUCUACCCGAGGAACAUGAAGCUGGACAGCAAGACUGCCACCUUCUACUACUCCCGUCCCUCGGAGUGGCUCGAUGGCCGCCGAGCUGUUGUGCCUUGUGCUCAUAUCCUCGGAGGUGGAUCUUCCAUCAACUUUAUGAUGUACACUCGUGCCUCAGCUUCCGACUACGAUGACUUCCAGGCUAAGGGAUGGACCACCAAGGAGCUUAUUCCCUUGAUGAAGAAGCACGAAACCUACCAACGCUCAUGCAACAACCGCGAACUCCACGGAUUUGAGGGACCCAUUAAGGUCUCCUUCGGUAACUACACCUACCCAAUCAAAGAGGACUUCCUUCGUGCCACCGAGUCUCAGGGUAUUCCGACCACCGAUGAUCUCCAGGACUUGACCACGGGCCAUGGCGCUGAGCAUUGGCUCAAGUGGAUCAACCGCGAUACUGGGCGACGAUCCGAUUCUGCUCACGGCUACAUUCAUAGCACUCGUGCUGUUCACCAGAACUUGCACCUUCUUACCAGCAAUAAGGUUGAGAAGGUCAUUCUAGAGGGCGACCGCGCUGUUGGCGUUAAAUGUGUCCCGACGAAGCCUCUUCAUCCCGAGCAGCAAAUGUCCAGGGUCAUCAGGGCCCGCAAGCAGAUUAUCGUCUCCGGCGGUACCUUGAGCUCUCCUCUCAUCCUUCAGCGCUCUGGUAUUGGUGACCCAGAGAAGCUCCGCAAGGUCGGUGUCAAGCCUCUUGUCGAUCUUCCUGGUGUUGGUCUCAAUUUCCAGGAUCAUUACUUGACCUUUGCCACCUAUCGGGCUAAGCCUCACGUUGAGUCUUUUGACGACUUUGUUCGUGGAGACCCCAAGGUUCAGGAACAGGUCUUCCAGCAAUGGAACAUCAACGGCACUGGCCCACUCGCCACCAAUGGUAUCGAGGCUGGUGUUAAGAUCCGACCUACUGAGGAAGAACUCAACAUGAUGGACAGCUGGCCCUGCAAGGAGUUCCGCUCAGGCUGGGACUCGUACUUCAAGAAUAAGCCCGAUAAGCCUGUUAUGCACUACUCGGUCAUUGCUGGUUGGUUUGGUGACCACAUGGUCAUGCCACCAGGCAAGUUCUUCACCAUGUUCCACUUCCUCGAGUACCCGUUCUCUCGUGGUUCCACGCAUAUCGUGUCGCCAAACCCAUACGAGGCACCCGACUUUGACGCUGGUUUCAUGAACGACAAGCGCGAUAUGGCUCCUAUGGUUUGGGGUUACAUCAAGUCCCGUGAGACUGCCCGCCGUAUGGACGCCUAUGCUGGUGAGGUGCAGGCCAUGCACCCCUUCUAUGCCUUCGACAGCCCCGCCCGUGCCAACGACCUCGACCUUACCACCACUAACGCUUAUGCUCUUCCCGGUAAUCUGACGGCCGGUAUUCAGCACGGAUCCUGGACUUCUCCAGUCAAGAAGGGCCGCGCCCCCGAGCCCAACUUCUUGAGCUCUAACUGCCAGGAAGUUAUGGACGAUCUGCAAUACACAACCGAGGACAUCCAGCACAUUGAGAACUGGACCAAGCGCCACGUUGAAACUACCUGGCACUCACUUGGUACCUGUUCCAUGGCUCCCAAGAACGGCAACUCCAUCGUCAAGCACGGUGUCCUCGACGAGCGUCUCAACGUCCACGGCGUCAAGGGUCUCAAGGUCGCCGAUUUGUCCAUCUGCCCCGACAACGUUGGUUGCAACACAUACUCGACUGCGCUCCUCAUUGGAGAGAAGGCUGCAGUGCUCACUGCUGAGGAUCUGGGCUACAGCGGCAGCGCGUUGGACAUGAAGGUCCCCAACUACCACGCACCAAGAGAGAUUGCUGGUUUGUCGCGCUUGUAA